AGCUCGCAAACUUGGCUCGAGCUUCUUUCGGGCUGCGAAAGACCUGAGGCCGGCCGGAGACGGCCGCAGCCAUGCGCGCGCUGGCCCUGGCCAGCGUUGUCCACUUGGCAGCAGCUCAGGCAGGAGUUUGGGAGGCCUUGGAAGAGGAGUGUGACCAGGGCCUGGGGCUGAUGCAGGUCAAGUCGGGCUUCCAAGAGGUGGAGGCGGAGGAAAGCAACUCCCUCUGGCAAGGGGUCCGCGAGACGGGCACCACCUGCAUGUUCAGCAACUGCCCAGACCGACUGGGGUCCGAAUGCCAUCACUGGCGCUGCGUUUGCCUCAAGGGCUUCCGGUACCACCCGGCGGGUGACGGCACCUGCGUGUCCGAGGGCUCCGGCCGAGCGCGGCAGUUCACGAAUAGCACCUGCUUCCUGGCCAGCUGCCCGUCGAAGUACGGGCUGACCCGGUGCGUUGGGCACGAGUGCCUUUGCCUAGAAGGCUACGAGCUUCAAGGAGGCGUUUGCACCAAAACUGCGCACAGUUCCGACAGAUCCUUUGGACGCGGCGCCUCCAGCAAGUCGUGCAAAGACCACACGCGCUGCGCAGAGCUCGACCUUAAGGGCGACUGCUGUCCGAACCCUGUCGGCGCAAUGCUGGGCUGCUGUGCGUGAGCCCGUGGAAAACGGGAUGGGCUCCCAAAAAGGCAUAGGCUUCCCUUGGAGGUCAAACUUGUCCCCCGGGGCGGGCAAAAGCACCGCCCUCGGCGGAAGAGCCGCGCACGGGACACAAGUUCGGAUGCAUCUCGCGAGAGCUUAAA